AUGUCAAUCCCCCAGCGCCGGUUGUUAGUUGUUGCACUCAACAGCAUCACGAUCCUCCCUUUUCUUUGGAUCAACUUCCUGAUAUUCAUGCGAAGCAAGUUUACUCUUCUAGACAUCAACAUUCUGCUUUGCGGAACCAUCUGCAUCCCUUGGCCUAUUGUCAGCUUCUGGAACUCUGCAAUUGGCCUUUGUAUUAUCCUAUUCGGCAACGCUGAGAAAUCUGUCUACCCCUAUUUUCGACCUCGGGGACUUCUGCCGGAGCUCACGUCUACGGCAGCGCUGGCUAUCUUCAUGCGCAACGAAGACCCAAUUCCAGUAUUCGACCGGCUUUACGCCAUGCAAGAGAGCCUUCAGCAGACUGGUUGCCUGAAGCACUUUCGCUUUGUCUUAAUUAGCGACACCGAUCACUUGGACGUGGCGCAGAUGGAACACGAAGCCUUCGCCCAGCAUGCCGCAUAUCUGAGCAAGGGCAUGGCUAAAAGUCCAAUAUAUCGACGCCGCGAUAGAAACACCGGUUACAAGGCUGGCAAUCUCAAAGACUACCUCGACAACCACUCCAAAGCAGACGACUUCUUCGUCACUCUCGAUUCUGAUAGCGCCAUGAGCGGCGACUUGCUCUGCCGUCUGGUAUCUAGCAUGGAACGAAACCCCCAUAUAGGCUUGUUGCAGACCAUAGUUAUCGGAAUGCCCGCAGUCAGCGCCUUUACACGGCUCUACCAAUUUGGCCUGCGUCAUGGAGUGCGGACCUACAACAUGGGAUUCAGUUGGUGGGCUCACGACUGCGCCCUGUACUGGGGCCACAACGCUAUCAUCCGCACCAAGGCCUUCCACGAACAUUGCAUGCUCCCCAAACUCCCCGGCAAACCGCCGCUCGGUGGCUAUAUCCUAAGUCACGAUCUGCUGGAAGCAAUGUCCAUGCGUCGAGGCGGCUACGAGGUCCGGGUGCUCCCUAUCGAGACGGAAAGCUACGAGACUAAUCCGCCUACCUUUCUCGACUUCCUACGUCGCGAGCUCUGCUGGUGCCAGGGGACAAUGCAGUACUGGUUCAUGCUGAGCGAGCCUGGCAUCCACCCCAUCAGCCGCUUUCAGGUGUAUCAGACCUUGACCACGUAUAUCGGUCAAGCUUGUUGUGUUUUGAUGACACUGGCAUGCGUCGCGAAGGAGGUCAUGGGAGAACCAAGUGUUGUUCAAAUGAGCCUCGUAUUUAGCUGGACUCUACACCUUGUUCUCGCUGCCUUCGGCAUGUUCCCCAAACUCGCCGGCGUCUUUGAAGUGGUGACAACGUCUUCCAGGCGCUACGGUGGUAGUCUCCGCUGCAUCCUAUCAACUCUGAUGGAGAUGUUCCUGAUGACGCUCAUCGCCCCGAUUACGGCUGUGGCCGUUGCGGUGUUCUUGGGCGGCCUGCUCAGAGGCAAGUCUAUUACAUGGGACGGGCAAAACUGCGAUCGGCUCGGUCUCAGCUGGUGCGAUAGCUUUCGUGUUUUGUGGCCGCAGACCGUUCUUGGUUUUGAAAUCUUGCUCGCUGUUCAAGGCACUGCCACGCUAGCAUGGGUUAUCCCAUCAGCCGUUGGCCUCUUGCUCGCGGUACCCAUCGCUGUAAUCACGGCGUCGUCCCAUUUCGGGAAUAUGGUCACUUCUAUGCGCCUCUUUGAGAUUCCUGAAGAGACUCAGCUUCCGCCCUUGUUGCCUGAGUUGAUUCCAACAAGGUUAAAGCGAAGAAGUUGA